CUCCCUUGCCACCUCUACCAGCGCAACGAGGUCGAGGAAGGAACAUCCUGGACGUGUACGUUCCCCUUUGAAUCGAGGGAGGCUGCCUUCACACGAACGACAACUGGUGGGCACAUCGGUGAGUAGGUUCGGUAGGGAGGUGUCUCCCGGUCCUCCAACCAGAAGAAGCGAGACGACGACGACGACGACGACGACGACGACGACGACGGCGACGACGACGGCGGCGGCGACGACGACGACGACGACGACGACGACGACGACGACGACGACGACGACGACGACGACGAGACCUUUGGCGGUUACACACUGCGUCCUACCGUCUUCUGGUGUGUGCCUACCUAUUCGGGCUACCAGCCAACCGAGCGGCCAAACGGAGCUUCAGUCGACUCCGCGCACCCAAACGGUCCAGACCUGUCAGCCCGGAAGACACACGCGGCGCAGUAUUUCUCUCUCUCGAACAAACAGCCGAUCCAUUGAUCUCGCGUCUCGCAUCUCCCGCAUAACGAGUCGGCGACGUGACACUUGUACGCGAUUCUCGUUUCGCAAUCGAGUCGUCGUCGCGCACUUCGUGAGUUCACUUCGCUCGUUCGUUCGUUCGUUCGUUCGUUCGUUCGUUGCCAGAGAGAGUUCGCACCACUUUUCUUCACCAACUUGCAAGAUUUCCGCGCACGGAGAGAAUAACUCACCACACACCGGACUCACCUUGCUCGACAACGAAUCUCUUGUUUCCCGCCACUUUUGGAUCUCGGCAGCGAUACGAGGAUCCUCUCGCGACGUGGUACAAGCAGUGAUCUCACUCCCAGGAGUCAGCCGUGCUCGAGACUAGCUUUGCGCGGGAGGAGAAGAGCGAGUCGAGGAACGACAGAUAGAGAGAAAGAGAGGAGAGAGAGAGAGAGAGAGAGAGAGAGAGAGAGAGAGAGAGAAAGAAAGAGCGCGCGCACGUACGAAAGUGUGCGAACGCGCGACAGAGAUAGAUAGAGAGUGCACGACAGAGAGAGAGAGAGAGAGAGAGAGAGAGAGAGAGAGAGAGAGAGAGAGAGCGAGAGUGACGAGGUGUACCGAGAAAGGAGACAGAGGGAGACAGAAGAAGUGGUGGGAGUGACUCCGGGCGUUAGCGAGAGAGCGAGAGAGGCGGGUAGAGGGAAAGGAGAGACAGAGACUCGACCAAGAGAAGGAGCGGUGGGAAUUUAUAAGGAUGUUCGCGAUAAUGCCGAUGGAGACAGAGGGGCACGGCAGGGAGUUCGGCCGGCGGCAGAAGAUGCGCGCCAAGUGCACGGUAGAGUUCGUCUGCAAGUACUGCCAGCGGCGCUUCACGAAGCCCUACAACCUCAUGAUCCACGAGCGCAGCCAUAAGGACGACGUGACCUUCACCUGCGAGGUCUGCGGAAAGUCCUUCAAGCGGCAGGACAACCUCAAGCAGCACAGAUGUGGGUGGCGGUGAGCGGGAGCUCUGAAUCUCCUGCACCUUGACACACACACACACACACACACAUACGCACGCACGCACACACACACACACACACACAUACACAUACAAAAUGCACGCAACAACAACAGCAACAACAAUUACUACAGUUACAACAGCAACAACAAAACUACUACUGCAACAAUUACAACAACUAUUACUGCUACUGCUACUACUACUACUACAAAAAAAAGACACGACUCCACGCACUCUCAUUUCAAUCACCCGCACUUUUCCCGGUCGUGACGAGAGCGCGACCAACAACUAUGUACCGCCACCACAAGAAAAACCCCGGCAUGCGUAUAUUUCUUCUGUUACUACCACCACUACUACUACUACCACUACUACCACUACUACUACUACUACUACUACUACUACUACUACUAUUACCACUACUACUACCACUACUACUAUUUCUUCUUCCUCUUCUUCUUCUCACAUUACUACCACUUGUUCAUAUUCUUCUCCGUCUGCCACUUCCGCUACUUUGUCUCUUCACUGUGUCUGCGACUCUUACUACCACCCUCACUACCACUACUUCAUCGUCGGCUACUUCUAAUACUAACACACGGCGCGCACGGAUCCCACGCUCUAACGAGGCGGCGGGAAUGAUUGAUAGAUAGGAAGAGAGAAUUUAGAGAGUGAGAGGAGGGGAGGAAGCGAGGGCUUUCCCUGGAAGUGUACUUUCCUCACCUUCCGAUUUCGACCAUCUCUGUUCCAGGAGCAUACACUCUGUUCCCUACAAGGGCUCCAACGGCUACUCAAAUGGCUAUUCAAAUGGCUACUCUAGGUAUUAGAAGCCAUCCGGCCAACUAUCCUAAACUCCCGUAGGCACGCGUUUCUUUUUCUCUAUCGAGCACUCUAACUAUAUCUUACCGACCAGUCCCUCCUCUGUCUCAACGAUCCUCGGCGUGUCGGCGUCGACCGACGACGGCUUGAAAAUUCGCGGUAAAUGUCCUGUCUGUGUAUCGCGAAGAGAUCGCGAAGGAAUCGCGAAGCUUCAUCGAGUGGUUGUUAUUUUUUUUCUAAUUUUUCGUUCACCACCUCGCCAACCACCACCACCUCACACACUCGAUUCGUCCGUCCUGCUUUGAUAUUGUGUUUUUCGCUUCUGCCACCCUCCUGCAUCCAUCCCGAGCCUACACCCAGACGUCAGCCACAUCAGAGGAAUCUACCACCACGAAGCGCCGUCGCAGAGCCGGAAACGAUGGAAGCUAUCUGGGAUACGACGACGCGGCGGGAGAUCGCGAUUUCGCGACAUUUCCCGCGCAAUCCGCUUCCGCAAUCCGUCAUUGGAAUCAGCUCGCGGGAUUCUCGUGAAACACGCCAACGACGAGCGCACGACGGCGCUCCGAGCGAUCUCCGCGAAGCUCUACGCCGUUCUACGUUCAAAAUGUUACAGUAGACGGCGUUGUCUUGACGCGACAAAGUCGUUUCGCCAUGCCACAAGACACGCGAGAAAGAAAGGGAGACUGACACGACUGUAUGUGUGUGUGUCCGUCCAUAAUCGUUUCUAUCGUUUCCGCAAAACACCCUCAGACGACGCUAGACCGACCGAUCGUGUCUCGCGUCCACCCUCUUACACACAUCCACGAGAACCAGAGUCGACCGACGAAAGCGAAGAAGACUCGAAAAGGAUAAACAAGAAGAAGAAGUGGAAGAAGAAGAUCGACGACAUGUUGCGCGAUGUGAAGAACAACGGCGGCGGCGGCGGCGAGCGAGCGAGCGAGCGAGCGAGCGAGCGCGAGCGCGCGUGCGCGGCAGGGGCACUUUCCUCCGCGUUUUCAUAACGGAAGCUAUCGCGCGCUGCGUUGUUCCUCGCAGGCUCCUCGGGCUAACGUCCUAAAUUGGACUACGUAAUAACCUACUAGCUUCUACGGGAACGCUGACCAGUGGAUGCGCUGUUCGCCGCUUCUCCGCGUGCUACCGGUGGACCACGCCCAGGCCCGGAGCGACGUCUUCCUGACCUACCACCUGGCAAUCAGCCGCGCGCGGCUACUCGGCUUCCCCUUCAGAAAAUCCAUAUAAUUUCGCGGUGGUGCCGCGAGUAGGAGUCCGCGCGCUCUUAGGGAGCGCGUUCCGGAGCGUGGCAAAAUCGAGUCCCCUCGUGAGAGGGAAAGAAGGAAGGAAAGAAAGAAAGAAAGAAAGAAAGAAAGAAGGAAAGAAAGAAAGAAAUAAAGACAGAGAGACAGAGAGAGAGAGAGAGAGAGAGAGAGAGAGAGAGAGAGAAACUGUCGCGAAGACACAACCGGACAACCUUGAGCCACGUGGUACAAGGUGGGCCCGCGGUGGUAUCGCUGACGCAAAUACCAGUCAGCUGAGAUCGGUUUCCAGUGGGUGAACCCUCAGCAAAGUGUCUCUUCGAUUCCGGCCGAGACGCGACCCGGUGAUGUGG